CCCAAAUGAAACACAAUCGGGUCGGGCUCAUUUGCAGGGAGAGGAGUGAGGCUGUUCGGCGAGUCAAUGGUAAUAUAUAUUCAUCUUGUCGGUUUCUUAGGUUGAGAGGAGGAGUAUGUCAAUUCGUCGUUAACUACGAGGGUUUGAACGAGACGCUUCGAAGCCGCCAAAUAGAUUGAGAGAAGUCUACAAGCUGUGGUUUUUCACAGAAGCUUACCAGAGAGAUGGAGGCUAGGAAAUGUGUUGCAAAACAGCCUGAGAAAGACGACGACGACGACGAAGAUGAAGGAAGCGUCAUAAAAGAUGCAGUGCCUCAGUCGAGUCAGUAAUUAACCAAAUUAAUCUGUGAUAUUUAACAUGUUUCUUGGGUCAAGAGCUCUUGGGCAGUGAGGGGAAUACAGAUGGAUACUGGAACUAAAUUCUCGAAGCGAAGUUGGCUUGGUGAAUUUGUUCCUUGAGGACCUUCUGUUCUCCAAUAGAUUGUGAGCAAUCUAGCCUAGAGAAGCAUGUUCAAACUGAUGAUGGAGAGACAACCAAAAUAAAUGCUAAAUUCGUAUUUCUAAAAUAACAAAGUGCUUCAAAAAAGCAGAAAUGGCUCUCUCAUAAUUUCAGUUAUGUCAUAAAGGAGCAAAGAAAUUUUCUCUGUGCUCCGACAACUUUACUCACCGGUAAAAGGUGAAAAAAAAUCUACCUCUCUUUGUUGGAAGAUUUGGCUUCCAUUGAACCAGAUAAGAUAGUGCUUCUGCACUUGGCACUUCUAACUACUGAAGAUUUCUUUUUGGAAAAGUGGGCUUCAUUUCUUAAGCAAAUGUCAAGAAAGCAAAUGAGGCACUCAUCUCUUCAGGAGGAAAGUGCAAAGGAAGAACGUGAAGACAGACUAAGCAGUUUACCUGAAGAUCUUUGCAAGCAUAUUCUCUGUAUGCUACCCAUACAAGAUGCAAUUAGAACAUGCAUUUUGUCCAAAAAGUGGAGAUAUACUUAUCAGUCUCUUCAGAAUCUUGUAUUUGAUUCCUCACAAUUUACUGAUGCUGAAAGUAGACCUGAUCAUUUUGUGGAAUUCAUAGACCAGUUACUCUUGCACCAUGAUGACUCAGAUAUACCAGUCAUCAAAUUUAAAUUAUGGAGUGAAAUAGCACGCUAUAAAUUAAAGACGAAAUGGAUUGAUUUUGCUUUGAAGCAUAAUGUUGAAGAUCUUGUUAUUGAAGCUCGUGUUGCUGAACCAAAAGGGUUUAGCCCCUGUAUCUUUUCCUCGACAACAUUGAAAAGAUUUACUUUCGUCGUCGGCUUCUAUAUUCUCAAACGGCCAACAUCCGUUUAUCUUCCUAGUCUUAAAGAAUUGCGACUUGGGGGUGUCAUUUUCAUUGAUGGUGAUCUGACAAGGGAAUUGUUCUCAUCGUGUCCGAUGCUGGAAUAUGUGCAUUUAUUAAAUUGCGAUAUGUUUCGUCUAAAGGUUCUAACUGUUUCUGCUCUCAGACUCAAGUAUUUUCAUAUAGACUAUUGUCGUGGGCUCCAAACAAUUGAGAUGAAUCUUCAUACCCCUAGUCUUAUAUCACUUAUAUGGAGGGGAAAUCUUGCACAAAUCUAUCAUAUAAGGGGUGGCCCAUCUGUUCAUUAUGCAGAUAUUCAAGUUGGAGACAUUUACAGAAGCCAAACGAGUAUAGAUGUUCUCAGUCAAACUACUUUUAAUUUGCUUAAUGAACUCUGUCGUGUUACUGUACUAGCUGUGGAUAAUUUGUUCUUGGAGCUUCUCUUCUACAAGGCGAGUUCUCCAUGGAUAUAUGCAAAUGCAAUUACUUUUCACAACCUGAGCAAUGUCUAUAUGUCUGUCUGGCCAUCCAAGAAGCAUAUUCAGAUGAUUGUAAUCCUCCUCAGUAGAAUGCCGAAUGUCCACAGCGCCCACUUUCUCAUGCUUGCACAAGGGCACCCUUCGCAUGCGUCCGCUUUGGAAUGGAAUGCUGAAAACCUUGAGACCAUUGGGAUGCCAAAUCUUCUGGAAUAUAUUUAUGUUGACAAAUUUGUUGGACAUGAGAUUGAUCUUUACCUGGUGAAAGUUUUCCUUGAGAAUGCAAAAUCAUUAGUUAAGCUGACAAUCUCUACCUGUUGUAAUGAUAUUGAUGGAAAGAAGCCUGAGAUUAUUGAGAAGUUAAUGGCACUUCCAAGAGCUUCAACAAAUGUGGAAGUACUUCUCUUGUAACGUAAUUUUAGUUGCUGAAAAGAGGAAAAACUUAAGAGAUCUCUCGUAAGGAUUCCUGUUUAGAGAAGGAAGAAGAUUCGCGUUUAACAUUGACAGACAAACUCUUGAGUCUUGGGAGACUUACAAAAGUGAGGCUGUGAGAUCCAUUUGAAGAAAAUAAAGAAAAAGGAUGGUGUUAACUUAAUAGGCCAAUAAUAGUUUAGCUACUUGAUGAAAGCCGAUGGAUGCUCUGUUAGAUAUAAAAAUGUAUAUUUUAUAGAAACAAAGAUGUGGAGCUUGUUUGUCUUUCUGUACUAAUCCUUUUGGAUGGAAAGUAAUGUAAUUGCAAAACUUUUGGAAUUUAAAGUAUUCAUCAUUGAAGGACUUUUGCUAGUUUGGAGAACGA